AUGCCUCAGGGCGUCUCGGAGAUCGCUGCCAUGUGCGUCGGGCUGGUCGGGCUGAUCGGCGCCGCGGCCACCACAGGAAUGCCCAUGUGGAAGGUGACGGCGUUCAUUGGCGAGAACAUCAUUGUGAUGGAGACCCGCUGGGAGGGCCUGUGGAUGAACUGCUACCGACAAGCCAACAUCAGGAUGCAGUGCAAGGUGUACGACUCGCUGCUGUUCCUGCCGGCCGAGCUGCAGGCGUCCAGGGGCCUGAUGUGCUGCUCGCUGGCCCUGGCCGGCCUCGGGCUCCUCGUGGCUCUGGCGGGGAUGCGGUGCAUUUCCUGUUUUCAGGGUAACGACUGGGCUAAGACCGUGAUCCUGAUGGUGGCAGGUGUUAUGCAGCUCUUGGCCUGCUUCUGUGUCAUCAUCCCUGUGUCGUGGACGGGUCACGUCAUCAUUAGAGAUUUUUACAAUCCUUUGCUGAUUGACGCUCAGAGGAGGGAGCUGGGAGAAGCUCUGUACAUCGGCUGGGUGACCGGCGCCUUCCUGUUCGCCUCAGGCUUGUUGUUUCUCUGCCGCCGGUUGCCCAGGGCCAAAGGCUCAUUCGACGUGUACCACCCGGCCCACUUGCUAAACUACAAGCCAGCACCCGGAUACCCAAAUAUGAUGAGGUACAAUCACAUCCCGAGUCUUUCAAGCAUCAACUCGACUGCGUACCCUUCUUCUCUGCGGAGCAGUGGCUCAGCCGGGCCUCAACCUGCCAUGCCGCUGGAAACCUUCCCUCCAGGAAUGACACAUCACGGAUCACACAUCAACUCUCCUGUUGCCUAUAACCCAGGUCUGCCUGAAAAUGCAUCAUUGUUAUAUCAAGCUAGCAUGGCUCACCACUCCUCCAUGCGGAGUUCUAACAAUGCUGGAAGCGUGUAUACUCCGGCAAACUCCUUUUACUUAAGCCACAACACCACAGCCUAUCCACUGACCUACGGCGGCAACCCCACCGCAUCCUACCAGUCCAGCUUCCACCCGGUUCCACACUCGCCUAUCUUCAUAGGAUAUAACAAAUCAAUAGUUCAUCCAGGGUCUCACAGUGGGAGCAGUGGUGUUCGUGGUGUAUACAUAUAA